GAUUGAGGUCUGGAAAUGAUGUUUGUUGUUGGGCAAAGCUUUUGGAGACAAUUAGUAAAUACUUUUAGGGUGAAGAAAUCCCCGAAGCGUACCUCGCUAUCUGAAACAUCCUCACAGGAAUCAACCCCACUUACUACUCCUGAGACUCAACAAGUAAUUGGCACAGUGGAACAUGCCACUGAUGAAGAGAAACUGGCGUCUUCUGUGACAAAUCAGAAAUGGUCUUACUCUGGAAUACAAACUGAACUGGAAGAAGAUAAAGCUGAUUAUCCUCAGCCUUCGGAUCUUUCAGCCUUUGUGAAUGAGAAUUCUGAAUUUGUAAAUGAGAACUAUUCUUCAACGGUGCUGGGAUAUGAACACUCAUUAGACAUAGAGUACAUGGAAAAACUUGGUUCAUCAUCGCCACAUCAUGAAACAAAUGCAAAGAAGCAGUCCAUGUACUUAAAGAUUGAUUCUCUGAAAGACAGUCCAAUAAAAUGUCCUGCUGUCAGGUUAUCCGAUUCAACUACUCCUUGUUCAGGCUCAAGUUUAGAUGAUGUAGAUGAUGGUUUGCCUUCUGCUGCAAAUAAACUUUCCAUCACACGACCUUUGGCUGCUAGCCAAGAGGCACAUUUACAGUCAUCUGAUAAAGUGAAAGACAAAGAUUCCCUGAACUCAUCUCCAGUAAAAUCAGACCUGGCAACUCCUGAGGAACCAGUUGCCUCUGCAGAUGCCUUGUUAAGUAGGAUUAUAGGACACACAGAUGACGAACUUGACUAUCUACAGCCUGACACAGCUGAAAAGAACCCUUCAGCAUUUGCGUACAAGUUACAGGAAGAGCUAGUGUAUGCAGCCAUGAGGAUAGAAGCACUGCAGCUAGCCAAAGAGCUUUCCAACUCUCCCAGCAGCUCCUUAGAUUAUGAGGUAUCCCAUACUGCCUGGAGUGUUGUGUUUGUAGUGCACUGACUAGUGUGUGUAUAU